ACAGUACUUCCUGCGUGAACUGGGUUUAAAUCAAUGUUUGCAUAGUACGGGCUAUGAGCGUUUGUAUUAUAAUCAACACAUUUGUUCGAUCGUUUCAAAACAAAUUAACGGAUAUCAGUGUUUACUUAACUUAAAAAUCUGUGCCAGAACUCAAUUCGUUGAUAUAAAGGCGCCAUGUUGGGAAACAUCGGAAAUGUCGUCUGCUUCAUCAUCGUCCUCAUGACGUCACACCACGUUACCGGACAGGCGCAUGACGUGGCACAGUUGAGCAAAAGGCUGACGAUCCUCAAGAAUUCCGUUGAUGACGAUAUCGGCGACAUCCGGCUCGAGAUCAUGGAUCUGAAGAUGAUUGUCGAGCAGAUUGGAGUCGGUCAGAGGAACGCUAGCGAUGGAUCCAUUAUUGGCCAUGGAAUAACAGAUAUUAAUCAAAGGGAGAUUACAGAUCUCAAGAAUAAGUUGAAUGCACAUGAAAGCCGACUGAACAGAUUAUUCAGUACUGUCAGCGAAAUUCAAGUGGAAAAUUCGGCACUUAAAAGUAAAGUCAACCAAUUGGUCGUAGAGAAAGAAAAUGAAGCAAAUGCUGAACUUCUCAGGUUCAACGCAGGGAUUGAAACAAAAUUUGACGAUAUAGUCAACGCUUUUCAAAAGAAGUUUGAAGAAACCGCAGCUGUGAUGAUGAAAGGUUACAAGGACCUUAAGACGCACAUGUUCGAUCAAACAAAUACCCUUUCCCAGUCCAUGAUCUCCGAACAAAACAAACUGAGUAUAAAGAUUGACAAGGCAAUCGUUCGAGUGGAUGGUGAAGUGAACAAACUCCAAGUCAACGCAUUGGUCGAGAAAAAUGAAAGAAACACAUUGAUCAAGAACUUCAAAGCUGAACUUCUCCAGUUAAACGCAGGCGUUGAAACGAAAUGCGACGACAGAGUCAACGCUCUUCAAAACAAUUUGAGUGCGAGGAUUGACAAGGCAGAUGCUAAUAUAUUAAAACUGGACGCUUCGAGAGAAGAACUGAAAACACAGAUUGGGAGGCUACCAAUCUCAGUCAACGGGUACUUCGUCAAGAGCAUAUUCGGGAGCGACCUUAUCAAGCACGUCAAAAUCGGGACCAGGGUCGUGCGUGGUAGAGACUGGAUUUAUGGUGACCAGGACGGCGGAGGCCCAGGCACCGUGACACGUGCUCACUCGGGCGAUCGUUACGGCUUGGUGGAUGUCAAGUGGGACAUGGGCGGGGAAUACUACUACCGCAUGGGCUACGAAGGCAAAUACGAACUGCUAAUAUUGGCGGAUUGACAAUAACUGUCCAUGUCACCCACUAAUUAUGGACUUAGCGCAUAUAUUUAGCGAGUUCUUUAUAUAUUUUGUAUCUGAUUAAGCCGUUGAUUGAACCACAGAACGUUGUCACUUAAACGGAAAUACAUUUACCCAUGCUUUAAUUAGAAUGCUUUAUCACACCUGGUCAAGAAUUGAUAAACAACCCAGACAUUUGUCGAGGGAGGAAUUACCACUGAGAGCAUUCAUUCUCACAAUUUUGUAUCAAAAAGUAUUUACUAUUGGUUGAUUGAUAAUGUCAUCAUGAAUUGUACACAACAAUAUUUAACACAAACUUAAAACUUCAUUUAAAAUAAUUUCUUUUCAAAAAAAAUGUCUCCAGGAUGAUACGUCAACCGAUCCUUUGAUCACUCGCUAUUUACGUCAGACAAAAAUAAAAAUACGUUGUCAACUUAAAAAUGCAAUCUCAACAAGCCGUCAAUGGAUUACAAGAAUAUUGCCUUCAACGCAAACAACAUUACCAAACACAGACAGCUAGAUUCAAAGAUAAAUAUUUCAUAAUAUUGAUAUUCGGCAUUUUCGCGGUAAAUCAGAUUUUAUGAAUAGCAGUUUUCAAACAAUUUGUUCACAGCUGCAGAAAGCUUGUAAUUGUAGUUCAUGUGAAUAUAUCAUUUCAGUUAAAUCCUUAGUUUAGUUACUGCAAAAUAAAGUAUAAUUGUUUACCAAACAGCUGUACGUUUAACGAUGUAUUUUGAUGACACCUUUUUGAAUUUUUAACUUUUGAUCACCACGAAGGGGUUGCGAUUGCUAUCUGUGUUGCCAUGGUGAUAUUUAAUUGUACAGGCCUAAAUUGAAGAUUGCGAUUCAUACCCCAAGUUACAGAUACAAAGUUAAUAAUAAACGUUACGCUGGAAAAUUAGAUACUAUAUACAACAUGUCUAAUCUUCACAGCGUUGAUUAUAGUAGAAAUAUGAAAUCAUGAAAGUUUUACAUUUUACAUCGGCAAAGAUUUUAACCAUAACUUCAAGUACAUGUAAAGGUGUAAAACGUGGAAUGUUGGACAUAUGCGUUCGGGGUUUGCCCAAAGUGUUCUUUGUCUGACUUAAUAACUUUAUCGAGUUUUGACUAAAACUUUCAGAAUGAAUAUAGAAAUAAUGUUCAAUGGUAAAGUCAUUUUAUCGAUGUGUUUUUUGCACAGUACACAUUAAGCAAACGGUAAAUACGUUCACAAUGUUUUGGCAAAUGGUCUUUUUUAGUUUCUUGCGGCAAGAGCUUUUAACCUUAUUAAUGUUUUCUCAAUCUUUAUACUCUACACUUACGUGUCGUUUAAGUUUAAAUAUUUAUGACGUUCAUAUUAAUAUAUCUUUGAGUUUUUAUGUUUUGAUUUUAGUCUGAAGAACGUUUUUUUUAAACAGUUGUGUCUUCAAUCCAAUAUACAAAAUACAACACAAACAUAGCAAUAUUUAAAUGAUGGUAUAAUGAAACUCAAGAGAUAUUAUAAGUGAGGAACAUUUUACGUUCAAUAUAAAAUUUAACGCUAAUAUAGCAAAAAUAAAAUGAUGGAAUAAUGAAACUCAAGAGAUAUCAUAAGUGGGGAACAAUUUUCGUUCACGCCAAUAAACAGAUUAAGUUUAUAUUUUAACAUGCCUUUGAAGCGCGUUUAAAAAAUAAUAAUUUCAUGAAAAAUUACUUUCAGUGUAACACGUGAUAAACGGAGGUAUAUCAAUUGCAACAGUGUUUGUUUCAAAGUGCUUAUAUAUUGGAUGAUAUAUACUUUAGAAUUGAUAGAAUGAAAAAAACUUGUCAAUAUUUGUUAUGACACCCCUAUUCGAUUCAAUAAUUAUUCUUUUACACAAAGCGAUUAUAAAGUCACCAUAAUUGAUGAACAGUAUGUUUAGAGGUCGUGUCGUGAACUUACCAGAAACUUGCACAUUUGGAUUGAGUUGAGUCCCUUCAUAUUUGACUUCUGAAAAUUGCUUUUCAUAAAACAUGCAGCUUAUGUAGGAUAUGCGGAAUAAAUAUGAAAUUUAGUGAGUGAAUUUAAUAUAUAUAAUGUUCGUGGUUUAUGAACUUGUGUUCGUUAUUGUUAAAUUGGUCAGUAGCUGGUGUAUGCUAAAUACACAUGUAUAAUGAAAAUUAAUAUCGGGAUAUCUCGUAAACUUGAAUGGUAAAAUGUCUAUAAAAUCAAGAAACUUCCAUUGUUUGUCAACACAUUUAUUGCAUAAUGAAAGAAUAAUAAAUAAUGAAAAAUGU